AUGGCCAGUGUGUGGCCUGUGGCGGACGACCCGCGUGCUAAGCUCUUCAAUGACCAAGUGCACGGUUACAUCAAACUGAAUGGGCUGUGCGUGUCGCUCAUGGACACACCGCAGUUCCAGCGACUGCGAGACCUCAAGCAGCUCGGCACGCUCUACUACGUCUUCCCUGGAGCCUCGCACAACCGCUUCGAGCACUCUCUGGGUGUCAGCUUCCUCUCUGGACAGACCGUCGAGCGGUUCCGACAGCAACAACCGGAGCUGGAGCUGACGCAGCGAGACGCUCGCCUUCUGAGCGCAGCGGGAUUACUGCACGAUUUAGGCCACGGACCAUUCUCGCACGUGUUCGAGCACGAGUUCAUGCCACGUGUGGCCGCUGCGAGAGGAUACGGUAGCGCAGAUGCACCGACGUAUCACCACGAAGACAUGUCGCUGCGUAUGAUUGAGUACAUGGUGGACGACAACAACAUUGACCUCGAGCGAGACGACAUGCGCUUCAUCCAGCAGCUUAUUGUUGGCGCUAAAGAAACGCACAUGGGCUCGCGUGUGGACUCCAGAGGUUAUCUGUACGAGAUUGUGGCGAAUGGACGCAACUGCAUCGACGUGGACAAGUUCGACUACUUGGCUCGAGAUAUGCUCAAUCUCUUCGGACUGCGGAAGGUGUUUGACUUUUCUCGACUCACCAUGUUCAACCGCGUGAUCGGCAACGAGAUUUGCUACCACACAAGUGUGAAUCUGGACAUCUACGACAUGUUCCAGCAACGCUAUCAGAUGCACAAACAGAUCUACAAUCACCGCAAGGGCAAAGCGGUCGAGUUCAUGAUCUGCGACGCGAUGCUGCUAGCUGACAAGGAGCUGGGCAUUUCUGCCGCUACGCAGACGCCUCGGGACUUCCAGUUCCUCACAGAUCACGUCGUUCAUUCGAUCGAAGCGUCCAAGACCGACUCGCUAGCUGACGCACGCGCGCUGCUUAAGCGUGUGCGUCGCCGCGAACUUUACGAGUUCAUUGACGAGUAUCUGCUGCCUCCUCACUUGAUGUCGCGCAUCCCUCGCUUCACCGCCGAAGAAUUGGCCACUCAGACUUCUCUGGACGGUGUGACGCUGGACCCGGAAGACAUUAUCGUGUCCGAUGGCCGACUAAACUACAACUUUAAAGACCGCAACCCCGUGGACAACGUCUCGUUCUACGCGUCCAGUGAUCUGAACUCCAAGUUCCACAUCCCCAAGGAGGAAGUCAGCUUGCUGUUCCCCGAGAAGUUUGAAGAGCGGAUUAUACGCGUGUAUAGCCGAAACAAAUCACUCAAGGUCCAUGCUGCAAUCCAGCAUGCCUUCCGUACCUACAUUCGCCAGUUCAAUUUACGGGCAAAAGACCACGGAACACGUGCUGUCUAG